GAAUAACUUGUCAAUGAAAAUUAUUUUUAAUGAUAUUUUUUUUAUUUCGCAGUUUAUGGAACGGUGGUAUUAUUAUUUGAAAAUAAAGUUAUCCUGGCAAAUUUAUUCUAUUAUUCCAUAUUUAUUUGGAAUAACUUUAAAUGAAUAUUAAUUAUUUAAUAUUUUAAUCUAGGGGAUAUACUAUCUGCUCUUCUCUUUCAUGACUGAAAAGAAGAGACUAGACUAGAAACGAUAAUAAAUUAAUUAAUAAUUUUUGUAAUGAAUUCUCAUUAAGAUCAGAAGACGGCACUUGUUUACUUUAAGGGAAAGGUAAAUUUCGUGAGUAGUUGGCGAAAGUGGGAAGCUCAUUCAUAAGUCUCUAGCAUGUUGGUGGGUAGUAGGUCGUCUGUAUAGCCAAUGGAGGCAAGAUGGCGGAUUUAGUAAAUGAAGUACGGAUUGAGGAACGUUUAAAAAUAAAAAUAGGUGAAGCGAAGAAUCUUCCAAUCAGAAGCCAUGGAUCAGUUUCAGAAAGAGAUGUAUAUUGCAUUCUUUCAUUAGAUCAAGAAGAAAUUUUCCGAACUUCAACUAUAGAUCGAACUCUGAAUCCUUUUUUUGGUGAAGAGUUUCAGUUUAAUGUUCCCCGCAGAUUCAGAUUUUUAAGUGUUUAUAUGUAUGACAGGGAUAAAACUGAGAAAGUAAUUGGAAAAGUUGCUAUUAAAAGAGAAGAUUUACAAAUUUAUCACAAUAAAGAUCAUUGGUUUCAAAUAAAGCCUGUGAAUCAGCAUACUGAAGUACAGGGAAAGGUUCAUUUGGACAUAAAUUUUGAAAGACCUACAGAUGAAAAUAGUCCAGAGAAACUUAUUGUAAAAGUUUCUGAGUGCAAUGACUUAACAUUAUGUCAUGGAUGUUGUGAUCCAUUUGCAACCAUAUCAGUUCGUUUAACAUCAGGUAGAGUGGAAACAAGAAGGACAAGGGUUAGAAAAAAAACUAACUCGCCACAGUUCGAUGAGAAGUUUACUUUUGAACUUAGAAGUUGGAGGAAAAAUAGUGAUAGCCGGUAUAAUGUUGCUGAUGUUGGUGAUUGGUGUGAAUUAGUUGUAACUUUAUAUCAUGAUGGUGGAAGCUCACAGUUUUUCUUAGGUGAAAUCCGAGUGCCAUUGGGUCAAAACAUACAGCAAUCUGCAUGGUACCUGUUACAGCCUGGUAAAAGAACAUAUGUAAAAAGUAAACCAGAAUCUCUUUGUUCCGAUAUGGGCUCCCUACGUUUAAAGAUACAUUAUACCAGGGAUUAUGUCUUUGACAAACGUAUUUAUGGAAAAUUAAGGGAACUUUUAUUAAAAUCUUGUUCAGUACAGCCUAUAACAUCAAGUGCUUGCUACUUAUUGGGUGAAAUAAUUCCAAACAAAUUUGAUGCUGCUCAGCCACUUGCAAGAAUUUUCCUUCAUCAUGGUAUGAUUGUUCCCGUCAUGAAAGCUUUGGCUGUAUGGGAAAUAUCAAAAAUUACUGAUGCAAAUACAAUAUUUCGAGGAAACACACUUGUUUCAAAAAUGAUGGAUGAAACCAUGCGGCUGGCGGGAUUAGGAUACCUACAUGAAACACUAAAAAAACCUCUUGAAACUGUAUUAACAGAACGCAAAUCUUGUGAAAUAGAUCCAUCACGUAUUUCUGACUCCAGCACUAUCCAUACUAAUCUGAACAAUCUGAAAGAAUAUGUCGAGAUUAUUUUUCAGGCAAUUGUUAAUUCAGCUCUCAGAUGUCCUCCAGUUUUAUGUGAGCUUUUUCAUGAAUUGAGACAGAUAGCUUCUUCUCGGUUUCCAGAUAAUAAGGAAGUGCGUUAUUCAGUCAUAUCAGGGUUCAUCUUUCUUCGAUUUUUCGCACCUGCUAUCCUAGGACCAAAACUUUUUGAUCUGACUAAUAAACAUAUAGAUUCUCAAAUCAAUCGAACAUUAACUCUUAUAUCCAAAACUAUACAAUCUCUAUGUAAUUUAGUUACAUCAAGAACUACAGCAUGUAAAGAGCAAUACAUGUGCUCAAUGUACCAAACAUUUUAUACCGAUAUGCAUGUUACAGCUAUUAGACAGUUUCUUGAAAUUAUUUCUGCAUCUUCCAGCCUUUCACAUGACAAAAAUAAUAGUAGAGUCAUUCUUAAAGAAGGAGUUAUGACUAAAAGAGCUCAAGGAAGGAAAAGAUUUGGAAGGAAAAACUUCAAGCAAAGAUAUUUCACUCUUACUACCCAAGAUCUUUCAUAUUCUAAACAAAAAGGUAAAGAACCUUUAUGUACCAUUCCAUUGUCUGAUAUAUUAGCUGUGGAAAGAUUACAACAUGAUUCAUUCAGAAAAAGCAACAUGUUUCAAAUUGUUCAACCUACUAGGGUCUUGUAUAUACAGGCGAGUAAUUGUGUGGAAGAAAAAGAAUGGGUAGAUCUUUUAGGAAAGAUGUGUUAUACAAAUCAUCAGCGAUUACAGACUUAUCAUCCUUCUGCAUUUGUUAAUGGGCAUUGGCAAUGCUGUUUUUCCCAAGCAGAAUCUGCUGAAGGGUGUUGUGAUGUUUCAAAUGAAACUCAGCUUCAAAUGAACAUAGAUUCUGAUAGAGAAUUAGCUCGUAUUCAUUCCCUUAUAGUCGAGCAUAUGGAUAGAGUACAAAGCAUUAUAAAUUUUUGUGAAUCUAGAUCAGUUCUUGGAACUAGAGCAAAUGAUGGGGACUUUGUUGGAACUUGUAUCAUAGAAGAUCCUGCAUCUUGUUCCAAAACCCUUUUUGAUUUACGAGAUGCUGCAGUUGAUCUUCAAACACAAACUAGAAUUUAUCUAAGGAAGAUAGCCAGAGAGACCAAAUAUGGAAGCAAGCAAGCCCCGAUUGGAGAUGAUAAUUAUUUAUUGCUUGCUAACAGAAUAGAUACAUCAAUUAAGACAAGCUAAUUAUAGGAGAAAUUUGUCCAUAAGUACCUGCUAUAAUUCUAUCUGAGCUUUAGGAUAGUUAUUUAUUUAUUAUAAAUAUAUUUCAAAGUUACACAUCUCUAUUUUAUCUUACUUAGGCUUGGAUGUUCUGAUAUUCAUAGGUAAAAAUUAGAUACAUUGUUAGCUAAUAUUCUUAAUACCGAUUUUCAAGGUACAAUAUAUUCAAUUUUAUUCAUAUACAAAUUUGUAAUAUCAUUUGUAUGUAAGGAUUUAUAUCUAAAAUUGUUAACAUAAUUUAUAGAUUAUUUUUUAACUUCAGUACUUCAUGAGAUGUGUAACUUUGAAAUUAUAAAUUUAGUAAUGUCGGAAUAGCUUCUCG